UCAGGAUGCUCGUUACCUGGUGACUCCAGGAAGUGUUUUGUGGCAGCAGGAGUGUGCUGGCAGGAAAGGAGCCUGUGCACGGAGCGAGUUCCUGCUUCCUCCCGGGCACUGGUUGUGUGCGAGGCUUCAUGUGCUGCCUGUGACCCUACUUUGAAGACAUGAUUGACAUAAAGGCCUGGGCCGAGUACAUAGUGGAAUGGGCUGCCAAAGACCCUUACGGCUUUCUAACGACUGUGAUCCUGGCCCUCACCCCGCUGUUCCUAGCGAGUGCAGUACUCUCCUGGAAACUGGCAAAGAUGAUCGAGGCCAAAGAACGAGAGCAGAAGAAGAAACAGAAACGUCAAGAAAAUAUUGCAAAAGCCAAGAGGACGAAGAAAGACUGAGAUACCUGCAGCAGCCAGCUCAUGGCGUCAGAAACUGUCCAGACCCCACGGACACUCUUCCUAUUCACAAUGUCCUCCUGGUAGCAGCGUGCUAGUCAGUAGCUCCAUGUUCUCCUGUAAACUAAUGCUUUCUCCUGCAUUUUUUAAAACAUGAGACUUACAGCUGCGAGUGUCCUGAAAUGUUAUGUUCAUUCAUGGUUUCCAUAUAUAAAAAGGGACUUUGCUUUUUUAAAUGUUGGGCGUUUUUGCACACAGUUUUCUUGUCAUUUUUAAAGUUAAACUAAGGGUUCACGUACAUGGCCAUAUUGGCAAUCUGUGAGUAAGAUGUGGGUACCCAUCGAUGUAUAUGGACCCCUAUUGUACAUCUGGAUUGACCUCUUUAAAUCACAUACCAUACCAUGGGAGUUAUUGUUCCCUAGAAGCAAUGCUUUGGGUCUGUAGUGUACUUACAGUGCUUGUGCUAUUCUUCCCUAGAAGCAAAGGAGAAUAUGGUGGCACCUGGAGUACUUACGGAUCCAUAAUGUGCGCCAGUAGGGACAGGGUCUGCGCACAUAGUUUUGUCUAACACAGUUAAAGGAGUUUUCAGAUAUUCACAUAUUGAUGGCCUAUCCUCAGGAUAAGUCAUCAAUAUCUGAUUGGUAGGAGUCCGACUCCUGGGACCCCAGUCGAUCAUCUUGGACCUCUUCCUAGGCCAUGUUUCCACGUUAAUUGGACCUGAUCUCAUAUUGACCUAUCCUGAGGAUAGGUCAUCAAUAAUACGUAAAUCUUGGAGAACCUCGUUAUGAUUUUGAUCGGCAAGUAUGUGGCCAAUUGGUUGCUUGAGCGAUCAUUCGUACAUACAAUCCCACAAGCAAAAUGCAAGACUAAACUGCAUGCCUGCAGUUUUUCUUUUUUGAGCCUGCCUGGCCACAUGGUCUUUCCCCUCGCUGUGUGCCUCUAAACUGAUGCUGGAAUACACUGACAGGACUUCUGAGCUCACCCUCAAAGGGGAGAGGGCUCCUGAGUGCAAGCUCUGAAGUGCCAUCAAUGUAUUACAGCAGCAGUAUGCCAGGUAACGAGAGGAGUAUCAACAUUCGAGUAUCAUGCACACAAACGUUUUUUCUUUGCGGACCGUAUCCGGAACCAUUCAAUUCGAUAAGUUUGCAAAAAGAAAGUUACUCUGUGUGCAUAACAUUUCUGUAUGUCUGUUCCACC